GCCUGACCUACGGGGCCAGACUGUCCAUCACGGUCCAGCGCUCACCUGAGAAGCGGGCUGCUGGGCUUCGGCAAGCGGACUCCUGUGCUGGACCUGAGGGCUGGACCUGGGCUGGCUGCAGCUCAGGCGUGGGUUCUGAGACUCUAAACUCUGCCCUGGCUUGGCGCCGUCUCUCCCCAGCCCAGUCUGGAAGCCGAGGAUGCAGGAAGAUGGGGCAGGCUGCUAGGUGCCCGUCUCCGUAAGGGUCUCUAAGGGAUGGUCCAGGUCAAUCAAGUUCUGUGCAGCCUUUCUGGCAUUCUCGCACCUCAAAAGGUAUUUUCAGUCCAAGUGCAUUUUUGCAAACUUCGGUCUUCAGAUACUGCCCUUAAAAAUGAAUGUAUCUCCUUCGUAAGUAAAUAUAUCUUAAUACUACAGAGAAGUUUGAACUGUGCUGAAAAAGUUAUACAGCUAAUAAACAAAUACAUGUAAUCAUGAAUCACCUUAAAUUUUCAGGAUAUCUCUCCAUAAAUAGUAGGUAAAAUGUGAGUUUUCAGAUUGGUUUCCUGCCUGAUAUGAAUAGCUUCCAGUGUAACUCCUGGUAAGUAUUGCGAUAUUUCCAUAACCUAGUUUUUCAUAUGGGCAGAAAAUAGUUUUAAUAAUUUACCAAUAAAAUGACAAUGUAUAUAGUGACUUAUAAAUAACCGUAGCGUAAGAUUACCACAUGCCCUAACGAUGCUUUUGUGGUGUUUUCCAAGACUGAAAGUGAAGGCAAAUGGAUGUUGGUGAGUACCCUAUGGCAACAAUUGCUUCGUUUCACUGGUCCAGCGUCAACUGUAACUCGGAAGCCACCUUUAGUGACUUUUGUAGAUCAGUCCUGCUUCUGGGAUCCUACUUUAUGUUGUGGUUAAGAAAUGCUUCACACCACUCAGCUCGAGUCUCAAGACAAGUGUGCUUUCACUGUAAAUAAAGAUUUCCGUGGAUGUGAAAAAUGAAGAGGAAUCAUUUCUCUGCCGUGAAUAACGCUGUCCGGUCUUCACCAGUGGUGAAGCAGCCCAGACGUGGGCUCCGCCUUUCUCUCCCCCACGCUCGUGUGCUCCCUGUUCUUCCAGACUGGGGGACUCUACCGCAGCACGUGAUAUUACACAUCUUCCGGUAUCUCCCUUUAAUAGACCGAGCCCGCGCGUCUUCUGUGUGUAGGAGCUGGAAUGAAGUGUUUCACGUUCCUGAUCUCUGGAGGAAGUUUGAGUUUGAGCUGAACCGGUCAGCCACUUCCUAUUUUAAGUCCGCUCAUCCCGAUCUCAUUCAGCAGAUCAUCAGGAAGCACGCGGCGCACCUGCAGUAUGUCAGCUUGAAGGUUGAUAGUAGUAUUGAGUCAGCGGGAGCUGCCUGUGAGAUUCUCUCUCAGCUGGUAAACUGUUCCAUCCAGACCCUGGGGUUGAUUUCCACAGCCAAACCAAGCUUUAUGAGUGUGCCCAAGGCAUGCGAGUCUCAUUUUGUGUCAGCGCUUACAGUUGUGUUUGUCAACUCAAAGUCGUUCUCAUCAGUUAAGAUCGGAGAUGCGCCUGUGGACGAUCCCUCCCUGAAGAUUCUCGUGGCCAACAGUAGUGACACUCUGCGACUCCUGAAAAUGAGCAGCUGUCCUCAUGUUUCGUCUGAUGGGAUCCUCUGUGUGGCCGACCACUAUCGGGGCCUCCGAGAGCUGGCGUUGAAUUACUACAUUCUGAGCGAUGAGCUGCUCCUUGCGCUGUCACGUGAGACUCACGUGAACCUCCAACAUCUCCGAAUAGAUGUUGUGAGUGAGAACCCUGGGCAGAUCCAGUUCCACCCCAUUAAAAAACGCAGUUGGGACGCGCUGAUGAAACACUCUCCCGGGGUCAGUGUUGUCAUGUACUUCUUCUUAUAUGAAGAGGAGCUUGAGACAUUCUUCCAAGAAGAGACCCCCGUCACUCACGUUUACUUCGGGCGUUCAGUGAGCAGGGCCAUUCUAGGCCGGAUAGGUGUGCACUGCCCACGGCUGGUUGAGUUAGUGGUGUGUGCCAAUGGCCUUCAGCCCCUGGACAGUGAACUUAUUGGCAUUGCUGAGCACUGUCAAAACCUGACAGCCUUGGGCCUGAGCGAGUGUGAGGUCAGCUGCAGCGCCUUCGUCGAGUUUGUACGACUCUGUGGCCGAAGGCUCACCCAGCUGUCAAUCAUGGAGGAGGUUCUGGUCCCUGAUGACAAUUACACCCCAGACGAAGUUCACGCUGAAGUCUCUAAGCACCUGGGAAGAGUGUGGUUCCCGGAUGUGAUGCCUAUCUGGUAACCAGCUGCCAAAGGUUCCGAAUUCUCUGUUAGUAGGAUUAGCUGUUGUCUGUCCAUGUAAAUGUAAUUUUUGAGAUGAGCCACUGAACUGUGUUAGGUUAAAUAUUUGCUGUUUGCCAAAUCUCUUAAUUGGUUUCCGUAGAAUCAUUUGAAAACAAUAUAGCAAAUUUAAAUAGCCAGAAGUCUUUGUCAGUAGGACACAGGCACUGUGUGUUAAUUAGAGCAUUGGUAGGAUAGACUACAGGUGUCCAAGGCUGAGAGAGACUUCCAUUUCUCAACCUUUGGAGGCAUGUUUAGUUUACUAAGAAAUUUAUACUAAAUUUAUAAUUAAUAUGUAAUUACAAUUUACAGUAUUAGAUCCCUUUAAGUUACGUAUUUUUAUGUUACAACCUCAUGUUAUUUUAAUUUCAUCAGCUUCAUUUGGUAUCAAUAUGUUUUACAAAGCACAUACUGUUAAAAAUCAAGGUACCAUUAUAGAGGUGUGUGUCAUUGUACUUAAAAUCUUUUUGGCAUUUUGUGAUUUAUUUAUUAGUAAACAACUUUGAUUUCUAGAGUAUUUUAAAUUCAUUUUUAGAUAAACUUGGAAGGUAAUUAGUAUUAUGUUAAAAUCCAGUAAUGCUAAUUCAUUUCAUAAAAUACAGCAAAUAGAA